CGGCCUUGUCCAACUUCCUGGCGGAGCUCGGGUCACUUCAAAUUGGGCUCUCUGCAGUGCUGUUCAAGGCCAGCACCGCGGCCUCAUUCAUGGUUCGUCAUCGGCUGAGACCAGCAAGAUCGUGAAAUCCAGACUACACUAUCACUAAUUCUGGCAUGGCCACGAGGGCCUUCCCGGACUCAGGACUACCGUAGGAUUUAUGCUCGAGGGUGCGCAACAGUCUGGUCGAUCUCGCGAGGCGAGCCAGGUACCAGGGUCCGUGUCAAUUAUUUAUUUUUUUUUUGGCACCUCCAUCCGCGUGGCACCGAUACCACUGACAAUCAUGCUGAUCCCCCAGGAUGAUCUGUUCUGAUCUUCGCACUUCAACUUUUCAGAAGAAAUAUCAUGCCUUCUGUCAGAAGCAUGCGAAAAAUGUAGUUGAUACGGCAAUGGAGACGAAUUUCUCUCGAGUUUCUGCUUUUUGGUCUCGGCUCUCCUCAGGACCCUGAUCCUCGAGCUAAAAGUGACAAGUUCAAUGUCGAAGUCCAGCUAAACCGCGGGGUUUCAGGUGACCCUCGGCUGGAUCAGAAUCCCCAGCUUUCACAGGUGGCUUGCCACAUGUUGGCACAAUGAUGAUGGAGCGUUGAGGCCAGCUGCCCACAUCGCAAAGGAGCUAUACUCUAUGCUCUCUGUUGUCUCGCUGUUGUGGGCCAAGGUGUAUUUCCGCACUCAGGCUAUCAUCGAACGUGAAGCGAUGGCGCAAGCACGAAUGCCAGACGAAAGGACUAAUUAAGCAGCCGCACAGUUAUGGCGGUCUGUCUAUCAACCGAAGCCGGCCAGGUUUAUAGAGGACCUGAAGCCACUGCAUGCGACUCGUGCUAUCAGCAGUGGAUAGAUACUACUGUACAAUGUACAUCUUGAUGAGUAUUAGAGGCUUUACUUAUCAGGCGGUAUGCCCACCUUGGUAUGCCAGAAGGACUGCUUAUCGUGAGCUAAAUGCUAUAUCGGGCACGCCUUUCCCGCUUUUCCGGCUGACGAGGCAAGGGAGAACAAUGGUUGAUAUCAAAUCCUCGGCAUCUAUGUGUCGAUAUCAGGCUGCUCGCCUUAUCUGAACCUGACCUUUUGUCAGAACUGACAAAAAGAUAAUCCUCAAGUGCCAGACAGGUUGUCGGUAGACAGGUCACGGACUUCUUGAGGGUCUUCCGGUAUUCUCCUCCACAGCAGUGCCAGACAAGUCGGUUGCGUCAAACUUGAAGCGUGCUCAUCACGGAAGGCAACGAGUAGGCCAGCCAUUGCAGUUGGGGCCGAAAGCCCCUGGCGAUGGAGUUUGGACUACUAGUGCUGAUCUUCCACGAUUUGCACAGUUUGCGCACCGGGCCUGGGUUACUGAGGUAUCUGAACGCCUCCCAGUUCGACCACGGGAUCAAUUGGUGACAGAAUUUGGGGGAGUUGAACCUAUAAACCUGAAUAUUCCAACGAGGCUCCGUGCUCCCGGGGGAGAAGGAAGCCGGGCAGGAGUUAGGAGUCAGGAGCACGCCCGGUAUAUAGGAUAUAUGCCUACAUAGACCCGAGAGGGACUAGAUUUAAGUAUCCAGAGGCACUCACUUGCUUACUAAACCCAGCUCGAGCACUACACUGUGCUGCACUUGAAUCAUAGCAAUCCAGCGCCAGCACACGAUGGAAUAUUACAGCCUUUCAGUAACUUGGGAAGAUGCCGUGAUUUGCAAAAGAAUGAACAUCUUCAUACCUCUGCCUGAUCGGGCUGCUGCUUAACAAGCCAAGCUCCUCCUACGGGGUCGGCGACGGUUACGAUUGGAAGAAGAGUCCGAAAGCUAGCAGCGCCUCUCAAUUAAAUUAUUCAUUAUUGAUUGCAUGGCGUUUGACCUCGCGGUCCGAAUCGAUGAGGCUGCUUGUUGCUCUGGCCGCGCCGGCGAUGACUAUGCUGCGUUGAACCGCAAACGGGCCGUGGGUCAAAUGCCAAUCAAUUACCUUCCGGCCCUCCCUCUAUGUUGGUAGGUAUGUAAAUGUAGGUAUAUCUAUCUUCCUGUCCUUCCGGUGCCACGGAUCUGGGACGGAUCCCUGACUACACGGGCCUCACCUCACUCAGCUCGUUCCAAGAGCUGUUCAUCUUUGGUCUCGACAUCAUCAGUCGCAGCAGCGGUGAAGGCAUUGGCCUGGCCAUACUGUAUGAUCAUACUGUACAACUACAUGUGUGUACCUCACGGCGCCGCCAAAAAGAAAAAGGAUUGGCUCGAUGAUUGUCAAUCCCACAUGCUCGCUGUCGCUGUCACUGUGAUCGCUCCAUAAACUGCACCAGCCACAACGCACGAACAAAAACACGACAUGUCAAUUCCAAGAUACUGACACGACAGGACACGGCAAGACGAUUUUGAAAGCCCAGCGUCAAGAGGCCCAGGAUGAGCUCGCAACAAUCCUGGGCUGCGUGGCUGCUUGACUCGUAUGCAUCGUCCGUGUCUCCCGUGACGUCCGAGUCUCCAUAUCGUCAGCACCAGGAGUCGGACAGUCCAUCCACGACCGAAGAUGCCUCGUCCAGCAACAGCAGCACCACCACCACCUCGACCAGAGGCACAAGUACAGUCCCAAGCCCGAUGUCUCCUUCUUCGCUCGUUUCCCCUUCACCCGGCUACGGGCCCUACGUGCGCACCGGUCGAGGCGGAGCCGGCAAGUUGAUCAGACAAACCGAGCUGCGGCCAGCACCCACAAAGUCAUCGUCGUCGUCGUCCUCCUCCUCCUCUUCCUCGGACCAAGCCCGAGUCGAUCUCGAGUCUCACCACCACCUUCCCGCAUUAGCAUUGCCGCAAACGUCGUCGCUGAGUGAGCGUCGAGAAGCGGCGGCUCGGUUGGACCAGAUCAAUACGCAAGAGAACUUGGGACACGUGCGACGAAACUCCUCCUCGACCACUACUAGUACACAGCAGCAAUAUGUAUCCGUCGGCCGGGGUGGCGCAGGCAACUACCACUACUAUGCGAACGAAAAGAGAAGUCCCGGAUUGCCUUUGACUGCCACCUCGACGUCAAAAUCGGGACGCAAGGCCAGCGGCAGCUUGUCGCCGACCCUAGACACCACUGCUCAGUAUCCAAUUCAUCCUGGAAGAGGGGGUGCAGGCAACUAUGCGGCUGCUGUUGAGGCCGGAGGACGGAGGAAGGCCGAGGCCGAACAAGAAGAGCGACGGGCCGCCGAACAGCGAAGAGAGCAGAUUGUCGAGGAAGUCGACGGCUUGCUUCAGCCCCCUCCGGGUGCGUGGUUAGGCACCGCCAGGAGAAGGAGCGCCGCCAUAUACGAUGACCCUGUGUGAGAGAGCAGACGGAUCCGAAACUUCUAUCUACUACGAAAGAUAUAGCAAGGAGUACGUGCCAGUUAUGCGACGACCACUGCAAAAGUCACAAGCAUGGGUGGGAACGAGCAGCAGCAGCAGCAGCAGCAGCAUUAAAGCAACAGACUGGAUGGGCAGCUUCAUUCCGAACCCCACCCCUUCGAGUAUCUGCGCCGUCAUCCGCUCCAGAAGCAGGAGCUACAUUUUGAGGUCGUUUCCGUCUCUUCGUGAGGAGACGCACUGGACCCGGAACAAUCAAAGAGAAGGAGCAGCUCAGCUUAAUGAUGGGAUGGAACCUGUGACCAUUGGCGUUGGCAAUGAUCCAGUCCCAAAACUAGAACCUUUCUUGGCCACGCUGGCCAGGGGCACUGCAGGCUCUACUAUCUCAAAUUUUAUACCUAGGCUACGCUGUCCAGGUUCAUUUUCCAGCGUGUGGUGCUGUACUGAUAUGUCUACACCUGAGCAGAGGGGCCUACCAGCCGGCGUGUUCCAUAACACCGUGCAAGCAAGGAACGGAAUAUAUGGACAGACCAUGGCCCUAUCUGCACCUAGGUGCAUUCUUGCGAAUCCGCUCUCGCUCGCAAUCUCGUCGAAGAACGAAAAGCAGCAUGAGCGUCAUCGGGAAGUGGUCAGUGGCUCCCAAUUAGGCCCGGCGGGUUUGUUGGUAUAUCUACAUAUAAGUACUUACACAUGUAGAUUUAUGCGUUUCGGAGCCAAACUUGGCUAGAGCAGGACCGGGGAAAGAAAAAGAAAAGGCCAUGGCAUAAUUGUAUGAACAUCGAAAAUUGGCCAUUGAGUUGCCGAUCGCAUCUCAAGCAGCACAGUAUGAUGAAUGCAUUUUUGAAUUGAUUUUACCGAUAUCCGGUAUUUCUUAUAGUCUAAUCUGUACCAAGUGUAGAUGAGGACACGCGACUUUUCCACUCUGCAGAUGUCCCGUCUGGCUUUUCGAAGUCUGCCAUUUUGAAAUUUGAACCUAGCUGAAGAGUUUAUCAAAAUAUUUGACAAAAGCGUUCCUAGCGAAAGAAAAAGAGUUAGUCCAGCAUAAGGUAGUUGGUUAUUUUAAUGGGUGGGAUUUGGAUUUUCAACCCGAUCUGAGAAGGAGUGCAAUAGGUGGAAAGGGACAGCAAAGGAACAGAUAGGUAAAACCAGUUUGUUGAGGGCAAGCAACUUCAACCUCCAUUGGAACUCACCUCGGCUCCCUAGGCACAUAGGUCCUUUCAUACUCUUCGAUAUCAUCCAAGUCCUUGCGCAGAUCGACUUCCUCGGGCUUCAACCAUUUUGUCUUCUUGUACAGUUUCCAGCCGAC